CUCGCGUGUGCGUCUCCACUACCGUCGUCAAGGACCGGCGUGCUGACGUCACCGCAGAGAGCCACGCUUCACGACCAGGCUAAACAACUUUUUCAGACGAAGUCCUUCUCACAACGAGUCCGGGAGACACGGGAACUUUACUGAGAUUUAACGAAGUGGCUCGACAGCGACAGCGACAGCGCUACAACAAAUUAUCCGUACUACUGAACACCGAAGAGCGAGUUGAACGUUUUCACUGUACCAACAUAUAAUUUCUCGUUUUCAACUAGCGUGUUUUUUUUAAAUUGUUUUGGAAGUUAAAAUGGGGAAUCUGUGGUGGUUGUUCCUCGUCGGGCUGGCAACUGGGUCAAUCAGUGGAAAACUCUUUGUCUUCUCCCAGUCAUUUAGCCCAAGUGAUGACUUAUACAUAGAGGGCCGAACAUCUGGUGACCUCCCUAUAGAUGAUGAAGAUGGUGAUGAUGGUGGGUCAGGCUCUGGAUCUGGAGAUUAUGGUUCCCGUGCCCAUUCAGAUGCCGGGGAUAUGGUCCUGACGUUGCCUAGCCCCUCUAGCAAAACAGAGCAGCGUCAACCACAGCCUACAGUACACUCUCCGCACAACCCACCAACCACAGUGGCACGCAGCCACGAUCCAGCAACUACAGCGAAGGAGACUGACAUUUUCCCUGAUGGAGACAAGGGGCUUGGUGUUGGCCCAACAGCUGACUGGUUUGGAAAGGAUGCUAGUCCCAGCACCACCAAUGUGCCUCCCAGUGGCAGUACUAGAGCUGAUGGUGUAAUCAAUUCUGGCAAGGAGAGACGCCUGGAUGUGUUAAAUCCCCAAUAUGAAGAGCCUAUCAAAAAGUCUGAUGAAACUCUUAACAAAGCUGAUCGAGAAGGAUUAUUUGGUGAGAACUCUAUGGAGGUAUCCUCUGAGAACCUGCUGGAGAGAAAAGAGGUGCUAGCAGCUGUGAUAGUGUGCGGAGUCAUUGGAUUUCUCUGUGCUGUUUCCCUCUUGUCUCUCCUUGCCUACCGCAUGAAGAAGAAGGAUGAAGGUAGCUAUGACCUGGGAGAUAACAAACUUUCUGCAACUGCGUAUCACAAAGCACCCACCAAGGAGUUCUACGCCUGAACUGACUAAUAAGAACAAAGCAGGGUGGAUUUUGGCUCCUGCCUAUUAAGACUCAAAUGGAUCUAUAACCAGCUGAAGAUGAUUCUUCUUGAUGAAGUUUGAAGUAGACACCUCUGCUCCUCUCCAGUGCUGCUUCUUUGUUCUGUCUUUUUUUCUUUUUCUUCGCCAUUCCCAACUUCAUCCGCUGCCACUUUAUCUUUCUACUUAAUGUUCAGUGUUUGUGACAAAGGGGUCAUAAUAAAAUAAAGUCAAACUGUUAAAAUGC